AGUUUACUCUAAUUUGUUCCGUAACGCCAAGCUGCCUGAUCUCUCUCGUCUUGUCUACUCCCUCGAGCUGCCUUGCCAAAUCGCCGAGAUUACGACGUCUCAGAUUUUCUAGAUUUCGAUAUUGCUUACAGAAAUCAAGCUGCCUGAUCCACACCUGCUGCCCAUUACAUUAGCUAUGAAUUCCAGAAGGGAACACCGUGGAAACAGAGCUGCUCUUUUUGAUGAUGUCGAGGAGGGUGGCAUUAGAGCAGAAGCUUCUUACUCUUCCCAUGAAAUUGAUGAACAGGAAAAUGAUAGAGCAAUUGAGGGGCUGUCGGACAGAGUUCUGAUGCUCAAAAGGUUGACGGGUGAUAUCCACGAGGAAGUUGAUAGUCAUAAUCGCAUGCUGGACAGAAUGGGAAAUGAUAUGGAUUCAUCCCGGGGUAUCCUCUCAGGAACUAUGGACAAAUUUAAGAUGGUGUUUGAGACCAAAUCAAGCCGGAAAAUGUUGACACUGGUGGCAUCUUUUGUGGUGUUAUUUCUGAUUGUAUACUAUCUUACUAGGUGAUCAAGUUGAUAAAAUAAGUUUGUUUGUCACUUUGAACGACCGUAGUAUGGUGCUUUUGUAUAAAACCCAGCAGCACUGUGAAUUUGUGUAAAAAGUUAAGUUGCAAAGACUAGACAAAUGCUUCUGCAUUGUAAUUCUGUGUACUAAUUAUCCACUAACAGUUCGUAGGGUUUUUCUGAUA